CCCGCUCCACGCACCGCAGCCAUGUGUCCCGGAGCCCCACGGGCGUUAACGCCGCGGCUCCUAGCGCUGGGCGCGCUGCUGUGGCAGGCGGCGGGCGCCUGGGAACUCACCAUCCUGCACACCAACGAUUUGCACAGCCGGCUGGAGCAGACCAGCGAGGACUCCAGCAAGUGCGUGAACACCAACCGCUGCGUGGGCGGCGUAGCCAGGCUGUUCACUCAAGUGCGGCGGAUCCGGGCCGCCGAGCCCCACGUGCUAUUCCUCGACGCUGGCGACCAGUACCAGGGCACCAUCUGGUUCACCGUGUACAAGGGAGCUGAGGUGGCUCACUUCAUGAACGCCCUGGGCUACAAUGCCAUGGCACUAGGAAAUCAUGAAUUUGAUAAUGGUGCGGAAGGUCUGAUUGAUCCACUCCUUAAACAGGCCAAAUUUCCAAUUCUGAGUGCAAACAUUAAAGCAAAGGAGCCACUGGCAUCUCAAAUAGCAAGUCUUUAUUUGCCGUAUAAAAUCCUUUCCGUUGGUAAUGAAACUGUGGGAAUUGUUGGGUACACUUCGAAAGAAACUCCUAUUCUCUCAAAUCCAGGAAAAAAUUUAGUAUUUGAGGAUGAAAUCACUGCAUUACAACAUCAAGUGGAUAAGCUAACAACUCUAAAUGUGAACAAAAUUAUUGCACUGGGACACUCAGGUUUUGAAAUGGAUAAACUCAUCGCUCAGAAAGUGAAGGGCGUGGAUGUCGUGGUGGGAGGCCACUCCAACACGUUUCUUUACACAGGCAACCCACCUUCCAAAGAGGUGCCGGCUGGGAACUACCCAUUCAUCGUCACCUCCGAUGAUGGACGGAAGGUUCCUGUGGUCCAGGCCUAUGCUUUUGGCAAAUACUUAGGCUAUUUGAAGGUUGAGUUUGAUGCAAAAGGGAAUGUCAUCACUUCACAUGGAAAUCCCAUUCUUCUCAACAGCAGCAUUCCUGAAGAUCCAAACAUAAAAGCAGACAUCAACAAAUGGCGGAUAAAAUUAGAUAAUUAUUCUUCCCAGGAAUUGGGGAAAACAAUUGUCUACCUGGAUGGCUCCACUCAAUCAUGCCGCUUUAAAGAAUGCAACAUGGGCAACCUGAUUUGUGAUGCUAUGAUUAACAACAACCUUAAACACUUGGAUGAAAUGUCCUGGAACCACGUGUCCAUGUGCAUUUUAAAUGGUGGUGGCAUCCGGUCUCCCAUCGACGAGCGGAACAAUGGCACAAUUACAUGGGAGAGCUUGGCUGCUGUGUUACCCUUUGGAGGCACCUUUGACCUGGUCCAAUUGAAAGGCUCCACCCUGAAGAAGGCUUUUGAGCACAGUGUGCACCGCUACGGCCAGUCUACUGGAGAGUUCCUGCAGGUGGGCGGAAUUCACGUGGUGUAUGAUCUUUCCCGAAACCCGGGGGACAGGGUGGUCAAAUUAGAUGUUCUUUGCACCCGGUGUCGAGUGCCCAGUUACGAGCCUCUCAGAACAGACGAGGUGUAUAACGUGGUCCUCCCAAACUUCCUUGCCAACGGUGGAGAUGGAUACCAGAUGAUAAAAGAAGAGGUAUUACAACACAACUCAGGUGACCAAGAUAUCAACGUGGUUUCUCAAUAUAUCUCAAAAAUGAAACUAAUUUAUCCAGCAGUUGAAGGCCGGAUCACAUUUUCUGCAGGAAGUUGUUACCAUGGAAACAUUUCUUUAAUAUUUCUCUCAAUUUUGGCAACUAUCAUUGUUUUAUAUCAAUAGCCACAAACUCUCCAUGCCAGUACUGUGUGAAACUGCAUUUUUUCUCAAAUGAGAUUCAAGCCUACCUUUUAGGAACUGUCUUUGUAAUGGCACAGACCAUCCGCACAGGCUCCUAGAAGCUGAGCUUAGAUCUUAAAUGAAGACACUGACUGACGUCAUCACUCAGGAUGGACAACUUAGUGAACACACAGGAAAAGAAUUUAAAAUGAGCCCCAUGAGGAAAGCCAACCAUCUUUAGUUUACAAAUGCAAAUUUUAAGCUCUUUAGAAUGAUACUUAAUGGUUUCCUGUCUUGGUAAUUAUCAAUAGCUCCAAGCUCUUGGAUGACAAGUCUCUACUUAAUCUCAUCUCUAUUUUUUUUUCCUUUUUAGCUCCUGUUGUUGUAGCAUGUUUAAUGGACUAAACAAAGGGUAGUAUUCUCUCUUGUGCCACCUGUGUGCUUUUGAUGAGUCAAGGAACAAAUGAUACAGCAGACAAUGGAACAGGCCAGAUCAAGGGUCAGGGAGUAAGAGAAAGGAAGGAGGGCACCCAGGACCAACUUACAUUAUUGAACAGAAAGAGCUAAAGGACAUUUAGAUUUGUUAAAUAGAUAUUUGCUAGGGAGUAACAGCAUAGUGCCUGACACAUGGUAUUGUUAAUGAUUUUAUGAGAUUCCAUCAGUUCUGCCUCUAUGUUCUUUCCUCCUCCCACCUUAACUUUAGGGUGCCAUGAGAACAGAACCUUCUAAGACAAGUGAUAAUGCUAAACCUGCACCUGGCCCUUCCCAGCAAGUGCCAGCACUGUACCUAUUCUAGUCUCUCUCUCUCUCUCUCUCACACACACCCCCCACCCCACCCCCACCCAGUUAUGGAAAACACAGAGGGGAGACAAGAGUUGAUUUUAAAAAAUGGUAUACAACAAAAGUUUGAGGUCAGCUCUGCCUCCUAGUCUGAACAAUUACUCUUAAGUCAUUCUCAAAUCUGGGUGUAAGAACUCCUACCGGGGAGUGAGUCCCUCUGAGUGGGUGCUCAGGAAACACCCAGAAUGAUGAGGUGAUAUAUGCCCAAAGAACAAACUACUUGCUUAAGGUGGUAGGGGGAGGAUGUGAACCUGCUCAGCACUGCAUAAAGGAUAAAUGGAAACCUUCACCUUAAAAAAUAGUAAGCAUUCCCACCCAUCAUCCCCCCAAAAAGAACACCUGCAAUGACCACAAAAUAAAACCAAACUGAAACUUUUGUGGACGAUAAGGGAGUAUGGAAGGAGUUUCUGGGAGACUGGAAUAUCCCAUGUCUGGUCAUUGAUCACUCAGGCAUGUUAAGUGUGUGAAACCCAUUGUCUAUGAUAUAGACACACUUCCAAAUAUAUUUAUGCAUAAUAAAAAGUUGGAAUAAAAAUAAUGAGUAAACAGCAGCUAGAGGUUUGGAGAAUGAAUGUUUCUGAAUGUUUACAAAUAUUAAGUACUCUUAAUACAAAAUACAUAUUUUUUUAGUUUCAUAACCUCUGCAUAAAGGUUGUUGCAAUAAUAUCCUCAAUUCUAUGUAUAUACACAUUAGCUGUAAAUAAACUAAUGUCAAGAUUUUAAGAAAAA